AUACAUCCUACCCCACAAACCAAACCAAAUACAAUUACAAUGUCCGAACAAGUUUACUACAGCAAAGGAUUCAAGAAGUCAAUUUCUGAUACUCAUGCAUGGCGUACAGUAGCCAAUUCCUCCGAAUUUGUCGUUAAAGUUUUGAAGCCCAACUUCAAAGUCCUCGAUGCUGGUUGUGGACCAGGUUCCAUAACUAUUGAUUUCGCAGCAAAUUACCUCCCCCAAGGUUCAAUAGUAGGAAUUGAACCAACUCAAGAAUUAAUAGACACGGCUAAUGUCAACAAGGAGAAAUACGGGAAACCAUUGGACAACUUGAGUUUCAUCAAGGGGUCAAUCUACGAGUUGCCAUUCAAAGAUAACACUUUUGAUUUGGUCCACGUUCAACAAGUAAUAAUUCACUUACAAGAUCCGAUUCGAGCACUUAAAGAGUUGAAGCGAGUUGUUAAACCAAAUGGAUUUGUUUGUGUCAGAGAUGCUGAUUUGUCUUCAUUUUUAGCCUACCCGGAAGAAUAUAGCUUGUUAGGUGAACAUUAUGCGUUGAAAGCAAAGAACGCAGUAUCUACCGAUAUUAAAGCGGGAAGAAAGUUACGACCAAAGGCAUUACAAGCAGGGUAUGAAUCUGAUAAAAUUAGAACCAGUGUUUCUAAUUGGAUUUGUACUGAUAGCAUCGAUGCAAAACAUCGUUGGGCUGCUGCAACUGUUGCGAGACUUGAAUCCGGUGGCGAGAAGUUCUACCCAGAAGAUGAUGCCAAGGACAAAGAGCUUAGAGAAAAGGUUAUUGAAUUAUGGAAGAAAUGGAGUGAAGACGAAACCAGUAUGAUUAAUUUACCAAAUUAUGAAAUUAUAUAUCAAAAGUAAAUAGGUUAGUAGAGUGAAUUCUAAAACUUCCUGAAUGCUUCAUAUUUCAUUAUCUAUAUCGGAUCU